CACACUUCAUUGCGUCGAGAUGUGACGUGCAGAUGGUGAUGAUCAUCCCGGUAUAUGCGUUGGUGUCCUUAACAAACAUUUCAAAAUCCUUUAAUACUCAUGAAACUCGAGCCGAUCUCCAUUCACCCAGCCAGAGGUUGAUAACAAAGCCACCUUCAUAAUCUUCUCCCUUCUAUCCCUCCCCCUACCACCCCACCCCACCCACCCACUCAAUGCCUUUAACCCCAGCUCCCACCACCCCAAAACCUUUACCCCAUCCUACCUUCAUAAUGGUUCAGACAUGUGAUACAGAUGCCUCAAUGCAGAGGUGUGUGGGAGAAGGGAUGGAUUCAAGCGAAGUAGAGGUAGAUCGAAAAAAUAUUAGAGGGGGUGAUUAGACAUGACAUGAAACAGUUCCAACUUAGGGUAAAAGCUAGGGAAAAAGCAGUUUUUCAGGUGAAGAUCAUCCAUUUGUUAAAGAAAUAAGGUGGUGUUACAUUGCUAAAGAAUCUCAUGGAGGAAAAGCAAUUGAAGUUUAAUCAGCCUCUUCUGUCAGUCAGACGAAUUGCUCCGGCAAUGAUUUCCCAGAGAUAUGAGAAAAAGAAAACUAACAACUCCUUUCCCACUAUGACACAUCCUCCUCAUUACAAAUCGGAAUUGAAGUCAGGUCUAGUGGGGAAGCCAGGCACUGUUCCUUUCCUUUGGGAACAGAUCCCCGGAAGACCUAAGGAUGAGAGCAGACCACAAACUUGUCUCACGGAAAAGCCUCCUACUGCCCCUAAACCUCCCCCUGGGUGGAAGUUAAGAGAUAACCAGGAUUUCAAUCAAAAAGGAAAAGUUCAAAAUGUCAUGCCGAGUUGCAUUUCUUCUGAUGAAAAUGUAAAGAAGAUUGAGAGUUUUGACAGCUCGAAAGAAAUGAUGGACGAUAAGGAAAAGAUUGAAUCGGAGGAUGACGAUGAAGUCUAUUUGGAUGCCCUGGAUACACUUUCAAGAACUGAAUCAUCCUUGCUAAAUUGUAGUGUUAGUGGCGUAAGUGGAUUUGAUGAGCUGAGUGCAAAACAAUCUGGAACAUCUUCAACGAAUCCACAGACUAAGGAUUUCAUGAUGGGCCGGUUUCUACCAGCAGCUAAGGCAAUGACUUCAGAUAAGACUUCAGAAACACCUUACUACGUUCGCAAGAAGCAACCACCUGUCGAGGAUCAACUAAGACAGCUAAAGAAGGUAAUAAAUGGGGAUAGACGGCCUCAAUUGCGCUAUGGACCUAGUUUUACACUUUAUCAUUCCGAAGCGCAUGACAAUAAAGAAGAAGAAGAAAGUGAUGAUGACCGUUAUGAUAAUGGAAAUUUACCUGCUAAAAUUUGUGGAUUGUUGCCUCAUUUUUGCUUGAAAAAUUCUUUUCGUCUUCUGAAACCUGUACCUGCAACAAGUGUUAGAACUCGAAUACCCCUCUCUCUUGUCAGUAGAAUGCAAACUGGAUCCUCUUCUACUGCUUCUUAUAGCGGAACCGAGAAUGAGCAAUCAACAUCUGAUGUAAGUGAGCAAAAGUCUGUCGUUGGAUCCAUAACAAAUGAUGUCAAGGGCAGGGUCUAUUCAACUUCUGGUAAUGACCCUUGCUAUAAUAAAACAAUCCUUGGCACUAAUGCCGAAGAAGAUAAUCCCAUGGUGAAGUGCAGCGGCUUGCAGGAAAGAACCUGUCGAAGGCUUCAUGAAGUAUUAUCCAAUCAGACCAAUAGCAGGGAAGUAGAUGUUUUAACUCCUUUCGUAGAGAAAACUCUGUACAUAGAUAUUGUGCAUAAAAUGGAUUCGUCAGUUAAGUUACAAGAUGAGGACGUUGAGAUACUUGAACAGAUGACAGAACAAAAAUCGUUUGUAGAUUCUUCACUUGAUUCGUCCGAGGCUUCAUUAAAGACAUACCUUCAAAGGAAAGCUGACUUUAAUCCACCAUGUUCAGCAGAAAAACUGAACAGUGAAAAGGAGAUGAAAGCAUCGAUAGCUGCUGGUCAAGCUCAAGACUGUCACCAAGAUGGAAUGACCUUAGCAAAGCCUGACGCUGACGGUAGAGCAAAAACCAGAAAGCCAAUUCAGAGAAAAGAAAAGUUAGAGAACUCAUGCAAAGUGCACCCAGAGUUUCUUGUUCCUCCUCCACCGUUACCAAAAUCUCCAUCAGAUUCAUGGCUUUGCCGCACUCUGCCUUCUUUAUCGACAAAGAAUGCAUCUUCACGGGCUUAUAUCUCUAUAGGACUAAAUCCUAAUGAUCAGUCUUCUAAGCCACUACCUAAUGAUUCCAAGUGGGAAACAAUUGUUAAAAUGACAAAGAAGCAACAACAUUUGUGAAACCCUGAGGAACUCGGGGCUUUGACAUAUACACAAGAAGCUCGGUAGGAGACAUGAAGGCUUUUCUGAACUCUGCUGGUUUGUUUCUCACGCUUUCUUGUACAUAUCAGAUAGUACAAUUGGCGCGAAGGUGACCGAUGAAUAUAUUGUUUGCUGUAUAGACUCUACAUUGUUUUCAGUUGUAAUGGCUUAAUAACUGCCAACUCAUAUCAUGUAAAUACAUGAUGGAAUAAGAGGUAUCUGUACAGGUGAACAUGAAAUUCAAUGUAAAGUUAAUCCCUUGCAUGCUGUAAGGGAUUUGUGGAGAAA